AAGAGCCAGGGGCUUGCUGCUGCUCUUCCCCUUCCCUCAGCCGCACCUUCCACGCGAUCUUGGUGGCUAAGAGGACAGGGCUGAAUGAAAAGCUCCCCAAGACUCUGAAAAGUCACCGCCUGAGCAGCAAACCUGAAUAACCGGGACAGACGUAAGGUCCUACGACUUUCAGUGGUUCCCGCCUGCCCACGCUGCAGGUUUUUCAGGUCCUUGCUUGAGCGUGCACUCCCAGGCGUAAAUAAACGUGCAAUCAGCACCCGCAUCAGCCAGGAGGCUAUAUAAGCCGGCAGGCACCAGCUUCCCGCUGUUUCCCAGCCCCGGAGCUCGCCCAGUCUUCCACACGCACCCGAACCAUGUCGGCGGAGACUGCGAGUGGCCCCACGCAGGACCAGGUGGAGAUCCUGGAGUACAACUUCAACAAGGUCAACAAGCAUCCGGACCCCACCACGCUGUGCCUCAUCGCAGCAGAGGCGGGCCUCACGGAGGAGGAGACGCAGAAAUGGUUUAAGCAGCGCCUGGCUCAGUGGCGGCAGGCAGAAGGCUUGCCCUCAGAAUGCAGAUCUGUCACGGACUAGGCAGCUGGGCACCUGCAGCAUGCUCCGUGAACUCCACCUGUCCCUCCUUGCCUCAGCGUAACCAGGCUGCUUGGAUGUUUCACUGCAGUGUUGAGUGUCCCAUUGUUUGCUGCCCUGCUAUUUAACACAGUGUGUGUGUGUGUGUGUGUGUGUGUGUGUGUGUGUGUGUGUGUGUGUGUGUU